AUGAAUGUUGAAAACGCAUUCGACCCACUGAAAUCCCUUGCUAAAUUUGCAAUUGCUGAUUACGAGGAAACCAAAAAUAAAGUAUCGCAACCAGGGGUUGAAGAGUUCAAGGUUUUCAACCGGCCAGGCAAUUUUUCGGACCCUGACUGGACUGUUCCUUUAUACUCUCCUACCGGCAAUUCCUUGAACCCUUCCUUCGUGAAUGCUGUGUUAUUAGGACUUACUGGUAUAUUGGCAGCCUUUGCCCUCAUACAGUUGAUCCAAUUGGUGUCUCUUAAGAGCCGCCAAACCACUAACAAAUACACCCCGACCUCGCAGGUGUUUAAGAUAUUCUUGGUAGUGGUCCAAGCGUUCCUCUAUGGAAGCUUGUACUUCUUGGAAGAGAACCUUGCUAAUAGCUCCUUGUUGAGCGGUGCUGCUUUAUGGAGUGCUCUCCUCUUGCCUAUCCAGUUUUAUGAACCUAAAGUGUCAGGAAAUGCAUCUGCUUCAGUGUUGAUAUCGGUGACACUCACCACUGUCAUCUUCGUGGCUGCGGUUGUUCAGGACUAUUUUUCCUCGAUUAAAGUGUUUGCUGCCUCCAAGACAGGUGCUGUCCUUGAGCUAUUGAUCGUGGUAGAUUCCGUGAUUGUUUUAAUUUUGGAAACAAGUUAUUAUCAGCCUGUUUUCGAGAUUGAUGAAGAGAUUGACGGGAUUCCAGUUAAUAUUUUCAGUGUUGUUACUUAUACUUGGAUUACACCUUUGAUCAACCAUAUUUAUGCCAAUCAAAGGGCAGAGUUGGAAGACUUGCCAAAUGUGGGCAAAGAAUUAUUUUGUGAGAAUACUUUUGACAAAUUGGAAGCAAAUUGGGAAAAGAGUACCAGAGAUGCAUCAGUUGCUAAGAAGAAAUUCAAACCAAGUAGAUUCAACAUUUGGGCCAAAAAAUCAGAAGAUAUCAAACCUUCACUUUUGUUAUCAAUUGUUUACUCAUUCAAAGGUUAUGUUAUUGCAUCAUUCAUUUUUGAAUUUUUUGAUAUUUUCUUCAGCUUUGUUCAACCAUUCUUAUUGAGAAGUCUCAUCAAGCAUUUUAAUGAGUCUUUGUCUUUGGAGAUCCCUCCACCAAUUAUCGAAGGAUAUACCAUUGCAUUAACAAUGUUUUUACUCAGUUUGUCAAAAACAAUGUUUGUCAAUCAGAUGUAUCUCAAUAUGUUCAAGUUGGGUUACGUUGUUGAAAGUUCAUUGACCACUCUUAUUUACAAAAAAGCAUUGAAGUUAUCUCCUCACGCUCGGAAAGACAAGCCUACAGGUGAAAUUAUAAAUCACACCACCGUUGAUCUUAGCAUGAUCAAAAUGUUCUGUCAAAGUUUCCAGGAUUUCUUUGGUGCACCUAUCAGACUUAUCAUUUGUUUGUUUUCCCUCUUCGGAUUAUUAGGAAAUGCAACAUGGGGUGGUUUAUUGAUCGGUGCGUUAUUAAUUCCUGUUGCAGUCUAUGCAAAUACGACCAUUUACCCUGUAUAUAUGGGCAUGAUGAAGCACAAGGAUGAAAGAACAGGCUUGAUAAACGAAAUUUUAGUGUCUAUCAAAAGCAUCAAAUUAUACUCAUGGGAAAAACCAUUGAUGAAAAAGUUAAAUGCUAUUAGAAACGAUAAGGAGUUAGCAUCGGCUAAGAAAAUGGGAGUGUUGAAUGCUGUCUUACAAUUCUUGUGGAGUUGUAUUCCAUUUUUUGUAAGUGCUGCAACAUAUUCUACUUUUGUGUUCAUUUACAAAACUCCAUUGACUCCAGAUAUCGUCUUUCCAGCAUUGGUUUAUUUUGAUUUAUUAAGUGAUACAGUAUUGAGCAUUCCUAGUUUAGUUUCCAGCUCAAUUGAAUCCUUUGCAUCUGUUUCAAGAUUAAGGGACUAUCUUUUACUCGACGAAUUGGACUUUGAUAUGAACGGUGCUUAUGUGAAAACAGAUGCCAGUGAUGCGGAGAACUCAAUUGAGAUCCAGAAUUCUACAUUUGUUUGGUCUAAGCACGAGCAAAAACCAGAAUAUAAAGACGAAGAAGACGAAGUCGAAAAUAAUGCGAAAGAUAGCAAUAUUGCCCUCUCUGAUAUUUCAUUCAAGGCAAAGAAAGGCGAAUUGACCUGUAUUGUCGGGAAAGUUGGGAGUGGUAAGACUACAUUGUUGAGAUCCAUUUUGGGUGAGAUACCUCUUUUGACAGCAGAGUAUUCUGAUGACGUCGUCAAUUCUGAGCAAGCUAAAAUUACAGUCAACGGGACAAUCGCAUAUUGUCCACAGUCCCCUUGGAUCUUAAACGCAACAGUGAAGGAAAAUAUCUUGUUCGGGUUUAAGUACGACCGGGAUUUUUACCAUAAAACUAUUGAUGCAUGUGAGUUAGUUUCUGACUUCAAAUCUUUGCCAGAUGGGGAUCAAACUGUCGUGGGAGAGAAAGGUAUUGCUUUGAGUGGUGGUCAAAAGGCUCGUAUUGCAUUGGCCAGAGCGGUUUAUGCUAGAGCAGAUAUCUACUUGUUUGAUGAUAUCUUGUCCGCAGUGGAUUCACAUGUUGGAAAGAAUCUUAUUAAAAAGGUCUUAGCUGACGAUGGAAUUAUUGGCCCAAGAACAAAAAUUUUGGCUACUAACUCUGUCAGAGUCUUACAUCAAGCAAACCAGAUAUUUUUGUUGACCAAGGGGUCUAUAACCGAAAGCGGAACCUACGACGAGGUUAACGAAAGAAAGUCUGACCUUGCUAAUUUGAUAGAAGAAUUUUCUCGUGGAAAGGAUGACGAAGAAGAAGAAGAAGAAGAACAAGACACCCCAAUUGUUGAAGCUAAUGCGAAUGAUUUGAAUGAUGAAAUUCAGCAAUUUCAUGGCGAGGAUGCCGCACCAAAGGUUGAGAACACCCUUCGUAGAGCUAGUGUUGUCUCAUAUAAUCACAAUUAUGAGAAUGAAGAAACUGAAACUGAUGGAGCUGGCAGGAAAACUGGCCAACUGGAAGAGUUCAAAGCAUCAGGAGGCCUCAAAUGGUCGACCAUUGUCGAGUACUGCAAGGCAUGUAAUUACAAAUAUGUCUUUGUCUAUAUUGUUAUGACUUUUGGAGUUACUUUACUUGGGGUUGCUGAGAAGUAUAUUUUAACCUACUGGACCCAAUGGAAUUCGGAUACGGGUGAAACUCAGAGACCAGCAUUUUUCUUGAGUUUUUACAUCUUAUGCGGUAUUACCAGUGGUGCUAUGAUCUUGUUUUCAUCAUUCGUGGUGUGGACAUUCUGUAUUGUUAAAGGUUCUGCUUAUUUCCACGAACGUAUGGCAAACUCUGUGCUUCGUGCACCAAUGUCAUAUUUCGAAACAACUCCUAUUGGUCGUAUCUUGAACAGAUUCACGGAUGAUAUCAGUACAAUUGAUAUGUCUUUACCAUGGAUGUUGAUUAUGCUUGUUUCCUCGGUCCUUCUGGGAAUCAUGGCAAUCGGUAUUAUCAUAAUUAACUUGCCAAUUAUGUUUUUCCUUAUUAUUGGUCUAGUUGUGGUCUACAACUACUACAGGUCUCAGUUCAUUCCAUCCAGUAGAGAAUUGAAGAGAUUACUGAAAGUUUCUAAAAGUCCUCUUUUGGCAACAAUCCAGGAGUCGAUUAAUGGUGUUGAUACCAUUAAGGCAUUCGAUCAAAAAGGAAGAUUUACUCACAAAACAAAAUCAUUGGUUGACAGGAAUAUUUUGAUUCAAUAUGUCAGUCAGUUGUGUAAUAGAUGGUUAUCGAUUAGAUUACAAUUUAUUUCAUCUUCAAUCCUUUUCUUUGCAUCCACGUUGGCAACGAGUUCCUUAUUAACGUCAAAUCCAAUUCAACCCGGUUUGUUAGGCUUCAUCAUGUCUUUUGCUCUUGGAAUAUCUAAUAUCUUGACAAUGAUCGUUAGAAUUUGGUCAGAAGUUGAAAGUCAGUCUGUUGCUCUUGAGAGAAUCUUGGAAUACUGUGCAUUGACACCUGAAGCUCCAAUGAUUGUCGAAAACAACCGUCCAAACGAAAACUGGCCAACUGAAGGUGUUGUAACCUUUAAGAAUUAUGCAACCAAGUACAGAGAGAAUUUAGAUCCAGUGUUGAAGGGAAUUAAUGCCACUAUUAAAGCAAAAGAGAAAGUUGGUAUUGUGGGAAGAACCGGUGCUGGUAAAUCAUCAUUAACUUUGGCUUUGUUCAGAAUUAUUGAAGCUACUGAAGGGUAUAUUGAGAUUGAUGGGGUAAAUACCAGUAAAAUUGGCCUUUACGAUUUGAGAUAUCAUCUCAAUAUCAUUCCUCAGGAAUCACACACCAUCAAGGGAAGUGUAAGGGACAAUUUGGAUCCUUUCCAACAAUAUAGCGAUGAAAGGAUAUGGAAAGUUUUGGAGCUUGCACACUUAAAAGAACAUGUGAGCCAAAUGAGCACUAAACCGACUGAACAAGAACUUAAGGAGAGUUCAAAUCCAGAUGACGAGUCGCCAAAAACUGGAUUACAAGCCAGGUUAGAUGAAUCUGGUUCCAAUUUAUCCUCAGGACAAAGACAAUUGAUGAGUCUUGCAAGGGCGUUGUUGAAUGACAACGCAAAGGUUUUGAUUUUGGACGAAGCAACUUCUUCGGUUGAUGUUGAAACGGAUAAGGUGAUUCAAGAUACUAUUAGAAGUGAGUUCAAGGACAAAACUAUUUUAACUAUCGCGCACAGAUUGGAAACUAUUUUGGACAGUGACAGGGUAUUGGUUUUGGAUAAAGGAGAGAUUAGAGAGUUUGAUGCACCUGAUACUUUGUUAAAGGAUAAGAACAGUAUAUUCUAUUCUCUUUGUAAAGAGGGUGGAUACUUGAAGAGCAAUUAG